AUAAUGAAUUAGUUGGUAAAGAACUCUCCUCUCUAGCAAAGAAAUUAGAACAAGUAAAGAAUUUAGUAACUGAUAAUGAGAUAGAGAAGUUGAAAAGGAUGGUAAGAACGGGUGCCAGCACUUCUGUUGGUGGAGUUUGUAUUAUUUGGGCUGAUUAUGCUGGACAUCUAGACGGAUUAAUAAGUGCCUUCCGUAGAGACUUAGAAAGUUUAAGCGGAGAAAUAGACAGAAUUCCUUACGAUGUAGGGAAAAAGUUAAAGAAACUGAAAAUAGAGGAAAAAAAUCUCAAAAGAACAAUUGAGGAAAACCUUAAAAGGGCAAACUUAGAAAAAGAUCCUGAUAAGAAAAGAAAAUUAUUGAUUUUAGUAGAUGAAGACAAAAAGAAACUUCAGGCAAAUUAUGAAGAACAAAAGAAAAUUAAGAUAGGAGAAAAUUUUGAUCCUGAAAAGAGUAUUGAAGAAUUUAUUAAUGGAAUAGAAGAAAAAUUAUCAGGUAGAAGUAAUCCAUCAAGAAAUCCCAGAACCCCCAAUUCUAAUCCAACUGGUUCAGGUGGCGGUUCUGGUUCAGGAACAGAAAGAAAUCCAACCCCUCUUAAUCCUUUUCAACCUAACCAAAACGCCUCUCAAAACUGA